GGAUUUUUAUUCAUUCUCUUUAGUAGUAGUAGUAUUUGGCUUUGGCACAUGGAGUGGAAGGAUGAGUUCAAAGUUGAAGAAAAAGGAAAACUGCUAUACCGGUGGUCGUGGUGAGACACUGAGUGAAAUAGACCAUACCAUAGGCCACAACGCCUCGCCAGCCAAACUAAAUUCCCUCUAAACUUAGCAAACACCCUUCUUAACCAUCCAUUUCUUCUCCCCUUUUACGUACCGCCCAGAUACAGAUUCUCCACUAAACUACCACCUCUCUUAGAGUCUCUCAGAUCCGCUCCUACUUUCUUCCAGCUCAUAUAUAUCAACUCAUCCUCAUCCUCAUCCUCAUCCUCCUCCAUAACCCAUUACUCUAAUUUCUUCUUCUGCUUUAUUGUUGUCACUGUUGCUUUGUUCUUAAGAGGCCGAUAUACCAGGCAGUAGUUGUGCGAGGAGAAAUUAUGAUUAAACCUGAGGGAGAACUCAAAGUGAGCUUUGGUUAUCAGUGCUAUGGUAACAGAGGCAGCUCUAGUGAGAUAUCCGGUGGGUAUGAAUUUGUGCCCGGAAUCCAAAGGACUGGCAGUUUCUCUUGCUUGUCUGGUGCUGCUAUAAGUGCUAAUGCCACUCUUGCCAAUACAAAUAUUUGUAAUGGCUUAAUAGGGGAAGAAAUACUUCCCAGUUUGGACUCUCCUAAUUCAUUCCGGAAGGUUUCCUCCUCCCCAAGUCUUUCAAGGUUGGAUAUAUUAUCAUCUUCCCUCCCAAAUAGUAUGUCGAACUUAAGUUGUAGCCCAUCUACUCCAACCGAACUGCUUGACUAUGAUUCUUACCCUUUUAGCUCUAUGAGUGCUCCAUCUAGAAAUGAAAGCUUUCUUAAUCCUAUGGAAGUACAGGUGGCUGGAGGAGCUGCUGGUGAAGAUCGGGUUCAAGCUGUUUGUUCUGAAGAAAAUGGAUGGCUCUUUUGUGCCAUUUAUGAUGGUUUUAAUGGAAGAGAUGCAGCUGAUUUUCUUGCUGGGACAUUGUAUGAUACUAUUAUAUUUCACUUCAGUUCAUUAGACUGGGUACAGAACCAGAAAUUUAUUGAAUCUUCAGAUUGUCCAGGCUUGGAUGGAUCUUCUCAAUAUGUUCUAGGUGAUAGUAGCUUUGUAAACAAGGGAAAAUGCCCUUUUGAGCUUGAUGGAAACAAGGAUUCGUGCAGUGAUAUUUCUAAAAGUAGGACAUACCCUGAAGUUCAAAAGUCACCUGAGUCAUUUAGGCAAGAAGUGCUUGAUAGUCUUCAACGAGCUCUUAAUCAGGCUGAGUCUGACUUCCUGUAUAUGGUUGAGCAGGAAAUGGAGGAUCGUCCAGAUUUGGUUUCUAUUGGGUCCUGUGUUCUGAUUGUGUUUCUUCAUGGAGAAGAUUUAUACACAUUAAAUUUAGGGGAUAGCAGAGCUGUAUUGGCAACAGACUGCAAGGACGAUGACUUGAAUGGGAGUAAGAAACUGAAAGCUAUCCAGCUUACUGAGAAUCAUACAGUUGAUGAUGAGGAUGAAAAAAAUCGAGUGUUGUGUGAGCAUCCUGAUGAUCCUAUGGCCAUAGUAGGUGGAAAAGUGAAAGGAAAAUUGAAGGUUACCCGUGCAUUUGGAGUUGGUUACUUGAAAAAGAAAAUUCUGAAUGAUGCGCUGAUGGGUAUUCUUCGAGUUCAAAACCUUAUGAGCCCCCCAUAUGUUUCCACUCAACCCUCAUUGAAUGUGCAUAGGAUUUCAAAAUCUGACCAAUUUGUUAUAAUUGGUAGCGAUGGGUUGUUUGACUUCUUUAGCAAUGAUGAGGCAGUAGAGCUCGUGAGUUACUAUAUCGCCAGAAACCCUUAUGGUGACCCUGCUAAGUUUUUAGUGGAGCAGCUUGUAAUUAAAGCAGCCAACCGUGCAGGUUUCAGUAUGGAAGAGUUGAUGGAUAUUCCAGCAGGUAGGAGGAGGAAAUAUCAUGAUGAUGUAACUGUUAUGGUGAUUAACCUUGGAUCAAACCAGCGCACUACAAAGGCAUCAACCUGCAUAUGAUUUUUUUUCUUUUCUGAAUUAGAAUUUUUAGUUUCAGGUUCUGUACAUGCUGUAAUCUUCAGGUUUAGUACAUUUCCCUUUCUACUUUCCAGUUUUCGUAUUUAUAGUUUUCAAAUUGUAUAUUAAGAAUCCAAUGAACAAUUGCUUUUGAUCUUUUGGUGAGUUUAUCACAAACCUAUUUAUUAUUAUUAUUCCAUAAUUCAAUGAUUUAUCUCCAA